CUCCGGGGAGGCCCAGCGGGGCAGAAGCGGAGGGGAAAGGAGAGAGGAGCCGCCGGUGGGAGCGCGGCAGGGGGAGCGCCUUGCCGGCGCCCGCCUGGGCUCUGCCGCGCGUCGUCGGUGAAGGUGGCAAAUUCGGAAUGACAGCCAUAUGACUGGCAGGCUCAUCCGUUGGUGGCACUACUUCGUUUUCUGGAGAGCCUAUCCUUUCCUUACAAGUGCAUGUAGCCUCCUUGGUUCCUAGGACUCUUCUCGUCCAGCAGAGAAACAAAAGGGAGGAAGUGCUCAAGGGAGCAAUGGGAAUUGAAGGCCAUGGUCACUUGAGAUAAAUGGCAGAUCACUGGGGAUCUAGUCUUGCAGCUGCUCACUUCGGCCUGUUUCCUCUCUGCAGCCUACAUUUGUUUUCUUUGAGCUGCCACUGGCUCUUCUGGUGGUGGCACUGGAGACAUCAAGGCAGCUUGAUAGGUGCCAAACGUGAGAAAAGGUUAAGCCGCCCACCUCAUCAUGAUUCAGCUGUGGAAAGUGGUGAGGAAUGUGCGACAGUUGGAGCUCCACAGACUGAUCCUGCUGCUUAUUGCCUUCAGUCUGGUCUCCAUGUGCUUCCUGGCUUACUAUGUCACUAACAGUCCCAAAAUCAAGGAACCUCCCCCGCUUCCCUUCAGCGAUUGCAGUAACCAACACAGGAUCCUCAUCCAACCCCAGGCAAGCUGGAGGCUUACAAAAUCAGUUGACAAUUCACACACAGACCCUGUGGUGCUAGUUUUUGUGGAAAGCAUUUAUUCCCAAUUGGGUCAAGAGAUUGUGGCCAUCUUAGAAUCUAGUCGGUUUAAAUACAGGACAGAGAUUGCUCCUGGAAAAGGAGACAUGCCCACCCUAAUGGACAAGGACCAUGGUCGCUAUGCUCUGAUUAUCUAUGAGAAUAUCCUUAAAUAUGUGAACCUGGAUACCUGGAACAGGGACCUUUUGGACAAAUACUGUGUAGAAUAUGGAGUAGGAAUCAUCGGUUUCUUCAAGGCAAACGAGAACAGCUUACUUAGUGCUCAGCUCAAAGGCUUUCCUCUCUUCCUACAUUCCAAUUUGGGAUUGCGUGAUUAUCACAUCAAUCCUAGUGCCCCACUUCUGUAUGUUACCCAGGCUAAUGAAGUGGAGCAGGGCCCUCUGCCUGGGGACGACUGGACAGUGUUCCAGUCAAAUCACACAACCUAUGAACCCGUAUUGAUGGCCAGCACCAAAUCGUCUGAGUCAAUCCCUCACCUGACUACGCACAGAGCUCUGCAUGCCACAGUGGUUCAGGAUCUUGGUCUCCAUGAUGGUAUCCAGAGGGUACUUUUUGGUAAUAAUCUCAAUUUCUGGUUGCACAAGCUCAUCUUUGUUGAUGCUAUUGCUUACCUGACUGGCAAGCGUCUCUGUCUGACCCUUGACCGCUACAUCCUUGUGGACAUUGAUGAUAUCUUUGUGGGCAAAGAAGGGACACGCAUGAAGGUGUCUGAUGUAGAGGCUCUUUUAAACACUCAGAACAAGUUGAGGGCGCUGGUUCCCAAUUUCACUUUCAAUCUGGGAUUCUCUGGGAAAUUCUACCACACUGUAUCUUUGCUCAAUAAUGAUCCAGCAACCCUAGCUCAGUCCUUUUUCCAUGGGCUUCCAGGUACAGAUGAGGAAGAUGAAGGAGAUGAUAUGCUCUUGAAGAACAGGAAGGAAUUCUGGUGGUUUCCUCAUAUGUGGAGUCACAUGCAGCCACAUCUCUUUCACAAUGUUACUGUCUUGGCAGAGCAAAUGAAACUCAACAAGCAGUUUGCUUUGGAACAUGGAAUUCCUACAGACAUGGGCUAUGCAGUAGCCCCCCACCACUCAGGGGUUUAUCCAGUUCAUGCCCAACUCUAUGAAGCAUGGAAAAGUGUCUGGGACAUUGGGGUGACCAGCACAGAGGAAUAUCCUCAUCUUCGACCUGCCCGAUAUCGCCGAGGGUUCAUCCAUAACGGAAUCAUGGUGCUGCCUCGCCAGACUUGUGGUCUUUUUACUCACACUAUAUUCUAUAAUGAGUACCCUGGUGGAUCCAAGGAAUUAGACAAGAGCAUUCGUGGUGGAGAACUUUUCCUGACGGUGCUCCUGAACCCAAUCAGCAUCUUCAUGACCCACUUGUCGAAUUACGGCAAUGACCGGCUUGGGCUCUACACUUUUGAAAGCCUUGUCAAAUUUGUGCAGUGCUGGACCAAUCUUCGUAUUCGGACUUUGCCUCCCAUGCAGUUGGCCAAAAAGUAUUUUGAAAUAUUUUCAGAAGAAAAGAACCCUCUGUGGCAGAACCCUUGUGAUGACAAGCGACAUAAGGAUAUCUGGUCAAAAGAGAAGACGUGUGACAGGCUUCCCAAGUUCCUUAUUAUUGGUCCUCAAAAAACUGGAACAACUGCUGUGCAUUUCUUUCUCUCCAUGCACCCAGCUGUGACUAGCAAUUUCCCAAGCCCAUCCACCUUUGAAGAGAUCCAGUUCUUUAAUGGACCCAACUAUCACAAAGGAAUUGAUUGGUACAUGGAAUUCUUCCCCAUCCCUUCUAAUGCCAGCACAGACUUCAUGUUUGAGAAAAGUGCCAAUUACUUUGACACCGAGGUAGUCCCCAAACGAAGUGCAGCUCUUCUUCCACAGGCCAAAAUCAUUGCUGUCCUUAUCAACCCUGCUGACCGAGCCUACUCUUGGUAUCAGCAUCAACGUGCUCACAAUGACCCUGUGGCCCUGAACUACACCUUUUACCAGACCAUUUCUGCUGGACCCAAGGCCCCCCAAGAGCUGCAUAAUCUACAGAGUCGUUGUCUGAAUCCUGGAUUAUAUUCGGUACAUCUGGACAGAUGGCUAACAUAUUUUCCAUCAGGGCAGAUUCUGAUAGUUGAUGGGCAGGAGCUUCGACAGAGCCCCUCUUCCAUUAUGGAGAACAUUCAACGGUUUCUGGGAAUUACACCACUGCUCAACUACACACAAGCACUAAAGUAUGAUGACGCAAAGGGAUUUUGGUGCCAGCUGCUUGACGGAGGAAAGACCAAAUGCCUGGGGAAGAGUAAAGGGAGAAAAUAUCCAGAGAUGGAUUCCUCGUCCCGGAUGUUCCUGGCAGAUUUCUACCAUGAGCACAACAUUGAAUUAUCCAAGUUGCUGAAUACGCUCAGGCAGCCUCUUCCCACGUGGCUCAGGGAGGAGCUGCAGAAUUCAAGCUGGAGCUGAAGCCCAGAUCUCCACAAGCAAGACUGCCAAACAAACUCAAGUGGGAGCCCUCGGGAAGGACACGCAUGUGCGUGCACACACACACACACACCACUGCCAACUUUCUUUGAAUCACCCAGAGUGGGAUGAGGAAGCGUGUCAUCUGUGGGCGAACCGUGCACUUUCAACUAUUUAUAGUUUGAUGCAGCUGAGAGACCCCUUCAGACCAUAACUGCACAAGAUACUGUGCAGUAGUCGCCCACUGUUCCCAAAUUCUAUGGUAACUAACAUAGGAAUGUGUGUAGCCUGUAAUUCCCAGAUGCAAGGAAGCUGAAAGCAGCAUCUCCAAGGAGCGGAGGCAAGAAAAUGUGUAGGCUACUGUGACAUUUCUUGUUAAUGUCCAAAAUGCUCAGGAAACUAGCAAGUGAAUGUCUUACUAUUUGUGACAGCUCUGUUAUGUAUAGGGUGGUGUUUCCAAAGUUCUUAGUCCUGGACAUCAAAUGGAAUUUUCUUAGUUCCAUUUUAGUUAUUUCAUGGUUUCUACCCCAGGGGUCAGGGAAGCAAAAUAGGUGAUGUCACUAGAAUGGUACAGACAUUCUCGGCUAGAAAGUGGUUGGUGACAAGUAAAAGAUGGAGAGAAAUCUUCAUCUGGGAUGAGAAGUUGUCCUCUGAUGCCCGCUGCAUGGAUUUUUCUUCUGCAUUUAGUUGUUAGGAGUCUCCUUUCGUUCCUUUCUGAGCACAGCAAGAUGAAGAUGGCUGAGAGGGAACAGAAUUGGUACAAAACGUCUCAUUUUGCCUCCAUGAGUCUCCAGUUUCCUUCUAGAAUCUAUUCCUACUUUCUGCCUUGCUACCACCGUCUCAUGGAGUACAAAGCAGAUUCUUGCCCAUCUCUCAAACAUGCCUUAUAUACAAUGGCCCAGCAACUCCCAAGACACCCAGUGCUGAGCUGACUGGAAAUACGCAGACUUAAGACGGGGAGACACCUUGGGGUAACAUCUGUAACUUGGUGCGUUCAUUGAACCAGGGAAGAAAGUGAUUUCAACCAAGCUUUCACAUUGAGCCUUAGUUGUUGUGCAUUUUUAAUUGUGAAUUUACCAUUGUCUGUAAAUAUAUAAUAUGGACUUUAUAAUAUCUCAUUCAAUGUGUCCCCAAGCAGCGGGAAAUGUAACCAAAAAUGUAAUCCACCAACCUAAAACCCUGUGGCUGAAGAAAGAAAGGAAAAAGUGCUGUUCUUCCUGCACUGGAUUCAUGUAUAUUGUCAUUCACAUUGAAUGAUACAAAUAAAUUCUUGGCUCUUGCAGCUGAGCACAAUGUCUAAAUAAAGAUUAGACAUAGCAUUUGGAUCAAUAAAUGAACUGCUUUAUUUCUUG